AUGGGAAUGCGUGCACCCCUCCUUUAAACCCCAACUUUACCUCUGCAGCUCUGCUUGCAGCACCUUUUUCCUUCCUUCCUCCCCCUCCUCUCGCCGUCGACUGGAAUCCAUUCGAUUGCUAGGGUUUCAUCCCGCCGUCCCUUCCGCGGCCAUGGCUCCAUCGCCUUCGUCCAACUGGGCCAUGGCUCCGCCCUACCACUACCACGGCCCGCCGCCGCAGAAGGAGCAGGCGGCGCCGGCCGCGGAGGACGAAACCGGGGCCGGGUCCGUCGGAUUCGGGCCGAGGUCACUCUGGAUCGGCGGGCUUCUCGACUGGAUGGACGAGAACUACCUCUACAGCUGCUUCACCCGCUCGCCCGAGCUCGUGUCGGUAGUGAUAAAGCGCAACAAGGAGACCAGGCAAUCUGAGGGCUUUGGUUUUCUCAACUUUGCCGACCAUGUUACCGCUGAUCAAAUCCUCCAGAGCUACAAUGGCCAGAGGAUGCCUAAUGCUGACAGAGAUUUCAGGCUCAACUGGGUCAUGCACACUGCUCCAGAGAAGCCUGCUAGUGCUAAGCCUGCUGAAGAUGAUCAUGCCAUAUAUGUUGGGGGAUUGGCCUAUGAUGUUACGGACUUCAUGCUGCACAAUGUGUUCAAGAAUCGCUAUCCAUCGGUUACCAAGGCAACUGUUAUUCGGGAUGGUUUUGUUGGACCCUCAAAAGGCUAUGGCUUUGUUUUAUUUGGAGAUGUUAAUGAACGCAGACAAGCGAUGACAGAAAUGGAUGGAGCGUACUGUUCUACCAGGCCUAUGCGUAUCAGAGCUGCUACCGGUUCUCGUACGCAAGGGACAGAUUCUGAUGGCAAUUGGGACAAUAAAAGGCUAUUUGUUCGUGGUCUUGAUUUAAGCGUGACUGCUGAGGAUCUAAAGAAAGCCUUUAGUCCUUAUGGAGAGAUUACUAAUACCAUGCUAAUAGAGGGGAAAUGCUGUGGCUUCAUCACAUAUAUGAGCAGGGCGUCAGCUGAGGAGGCUCUUAGAAUUCUAGAUGGAAGCCAGCUGGGAGAUAACAUCAUGAGGAUUUUCUGGGCUCGCCCUCCUUCUAACAGGAAGGAUGAAGUGAAUGAUGAGUACCAUGGACAUCCCCAAGGUUUGGGUCCUGAUAAUGGUUACUGUCCUGGGGAUCCUAACAUGCAUGGUUACAAAGGCCAUGGAGGGAAUGCAUAUAACCAACAUAAGCAACCACAACAGACCCCAGUACAGUGAGGAUGGCAGCGCAGGGAACUUCACAGUCACAAAGUGCGGUGGAAUUCUUGCAAGAUAAACCCAAGAGAACUUUUGCUGGAAAUACCUUUUUUUUGGUGCUGUGUUUCUCCUUUGGUUCUGCAUGGUCACGCAAGUUCCUUGAGAUGCCUGGAACAACAGUUUCGGUCUCCGGAUUUUCUCUUUCGGAAAUAGCUGUAUCUGCUGCUGCUGUUCUUUUCCUUUGGUUGCGCAUCAAGAGAUGUGCACCGUCAUGCAAAUGCAAGUUCCGUAGACGCCUGAAACGGCAGGUUUUGGUUUAAAACUGAGAUAACUCAUCCUGUAGUUUUGGUGGAGAAACAGAGAUAACUCAUUUUAGCUAUUAGUAUGGGCAUUCACCGAGACUUUCUGAACUCUAAACCAAAGGUGGUACAGAUGCAAUGCUACUCUUUAACCUUCAUAAGAUCCCAUUGCGGUAACCCUUAA